AUGGGCACCGUCACUGCCGCAGAUCCGCACCCGUCCUUCCUCGCCGACAAGGACGCCAAGGUCUUCGUCGCCGGUCACCGGGGCCUCGUCGGGUCCGCCAUCGUGCGCCGCCUCCUCUCGCUCGGCUUCACCUCCGUCGUCGUCCGCACCCACGCCGAGCUCGACCUCACCCGCCAGGCCGAUGUCGAGGCCUUCUUCGCCGCCGAGCGCCCGCGCUACGUGGUCCUCGCGGCCGCCAAGGUCGGCGGCAUCCACGCCAACUCCACCUACCCCGCCGACUUCAUCGCCGCCAACCUCCAGAUCCAGACCAACGUCGUCGACGCCGCGCUGCGCUGCGGCUCCGUCCGCAAGCUCCUCUUCCUCGGCUCCUCCUGCAUCUACCCAAAGUUCGCGCCGCAGCCCAUCACGGAGGGCGCGCUCCUCUCCGGCCCGCUCGAGCCCACCAACGAGUGGUACGCCGUCGCCAAGAUCGCCGGCAUCAAGAUGUGCCAGGCCUACCGCAUCCAGCACGGCCUCGACGCCGUCUCCGCCAUGCCCACCAACCUCUACGGCCCGCACGACAACUUUCACCCCGAGAACUCGCACGUCCUGCCCGCGCUCAUCCGUCGCUUCCACGAGGCCAAGGCCACCAACGCCCCCGAGGUCGUCGUCUGGGGAUCAGGCUCGCCGCUGCGCGAGUUCCUGCACGUUGAUGACCUCGCCGACGGCGUCAUCUUCUUGAUGGAUCAGUACUCCGGCCUGGAGCAUGUCAAUGUGGGAAGUGGGAGUGAGGUCACCAUCAAGGAGCUUGCCGAGCUAGUCAAGGAGGUGGUCGGUUUCAGGGGAACCUGGUGUGGGACUCCACCAAGCCGGACGGCACACCCAGGAAGCUCAUGGAUAGCUCCAAGAUACAGGGAUGGGGUGGAAGCCCAAGAUCGCCCUCAAGGAAGGCCUCGUCGAAACCUACAAAUGCUGCCGCGAGGCUAUAAAACCUGUCCUCUGCUCUCCUGCCGCGGCUUCCUCUGCAAGCGCGCGCACCUAGGCAUGGGCAACGUUGUGUCCGGGGUGCAGCUCCGUCGGCGGCUGCUGCCGGCGGUGGAGGAGCGCCUCACGCGGCCGCGCCGCCUCGUCCGCGAGCUGCCCGACCUUGACGCCGGCCGCCUGUGUCGUCUCAUCCGCAGUGGCGACCUCGCGCCCUGCUUUGACCCGGCCGAGGACGCCGGUGGCGGCCUAACCGAGGAGUGCCCCAUUUGCUUCUUUUUCUACCCGAGUCUGAAUACAUCCAAGUGCUGCGGCAAAGGGAUCUGCACUGGGAGAACCGAACGUCAAUGA